UUACACACUGUAAUACAGAAGACUGGUUACCACAUUGGAAGUCCGACUUCUAUUUUCACGAAGUGGGGUUUCAAUUUCGUCGUUGACAUGUUACGGCUUUUGAUUUUAGCGUCUUUAGGCGCUGUUAUAAACGCCAGUCUUUUACCUGAUCAUAUCCUGAACUACCCUCGAGGUUUGCAAAGUUUAUUUGGCACCAAACGGGAAACUGGCGGUGAAGAGAAAGCGGAAAGGAACGUGUGUAAUAGUGCGGAAUGUAAAGUAAUUGCUGAUUUGCUCAAAACUAGUAUGGACGAGACCGUAGAUCCAUGUGAAGAUUUUUACGAGUUUGCAUGUGGAAAAUGGUCAAUGAAAAAUCCCGUUCCUGAAAAUAGAACCGAAUGGAGCUUGUGGAUUAUGGUGUCGGAGAAAGUUGAGAACCAAGUUCAAUCGAUUAUCGAAACUAAACCGAAACCCAAUGAUCUGUUUGCCGUCAAGCUUGCUAAGAAAUGGUACGAAAGUUGCAUGGAUACAGAUAUGAUAGAAAGAAGAGGUGCGGAACCAAUAAUAUCCACUCUAUGGAGACACGGAGGAUGGCCACUAAUUAUGGAAGAAGGUGAAUGGGACGAACGCAUAUAUCACUGGCAAAUAGUCGACGACCAUUUUGCUCGUUUAUUAGGAUUUAACGCAUUUCAUGACGUGCGUUAUUCAAGUCUCACUUAUGAAGACAACGAUACAAUACUGAUUGAUGCCCCCCAUUUACCACUCGGUGUGGAAAAGUUACUUUCUGUUGAUGCUAUAUUGAAUAAUAUGGAUAGCAGUGAUGAAAACAACGAAAGCGGAGAAGGUAGUCAGGAAGCAGGAAGCAGAGAAAGAGGUGAAGAACAACAACAAGAAAACCAGGAGGAAGGAGAAAAUGAUGAGGAAGAAGAAGAAAACGAUCUAAGCACCAAUAUAGAGAACAGAAACAAAAUGGUCAGAAGGAAGAAUCACAAACGACUUGGUCAUGGUAGAAAACAUAUAUCCAGGCAUGGAACGAAGAAAAGGACAAAGAGAGACGCUUUGAAAGAAAAAAUCGUGCAUCAAAUAUUGCAUCAACUGAAGAAGGCUAACGCGCACAAAGUGAAGUCAUCGAAACGUGGACACCUGUCUAUGAUCAGUGGCAAAUCGUCUAUGAAAAAGAAGAAUCAUCAAUUGCAUGGAAAAAUGGCGAAAAGAAAGAACAGCAAACGUCUGGGUCACGGUAAAAGGAAGAAUAACAAGAACAAAGUGAUGAUAAAGCAUGUCCACAAUAGAAAUUUGAAGAAAAAAUCAAAUGUUCACAAGAAUAAACAUUACAUGCAGAGAAAGAUUAACAAUCAUAGGGUUCAUCAUGCAGUGAAUAAGAUGAAAAUAAUACAUCACAAAAAAAUGUCUCUAGUUAAUGACACUGAAGGUACAGACAAUGACUUAGACAAUAAUGUUGACACUGAAAAUGGUAAUGAAGAAGAAAGUAACAAUGAUGAGAAUAAUGAUGAAAGCAAAGAUGAUAUAGAAGAUGAAGAGAAUGAUGUAGAUAACAAGAAUGACGAAGAAAAUGAAGAGGACAAUAAGGAGAACGAUGAAGAAGAAAAUGAAGGAGAAGAUGAAGAUGAAGAUGAAAAAGUAGACAUAGAAGAAUUAAAAGAAAUGUACAAGGAAUUUAUGUUGAACGUUUCGUUAAUACUUUCCAAAGCAAGAGGAAUAGAAAUAUCGAGAGAAACAUUGAUGAAGGAUAUCAACGAUCUCUUCGAAUUCUCACUUAAAAUGGCAGAACUUACUCUGAUAAAAGAAAAACCCGUAAACAUAACUCUUCGAGAUUUUCAAAAAGAAUACGACACUAUGGAAUCCACCACACGCAAUGGCAAGAUAAACUGGGUGAAAAAGGUGCAAAAAAUAUUCGCUGAAGCAGGUGUAGACAUAGAAGACGAUAUUGAUAUUGUAGUAACGAAUCCUGAAUAUAUCAAAGAACUUCAUGCUCUAUUAGAUAAAACCCCAAGUAAAACAAUUGUCAAUUAUAUUCACUGGUUAUUCGUUAGUAUGGCGAUAAUAGCUGGUCCACAAGAACUUAGAUCACUAGCAGAAAACUGGUUUCCAAGACGUGUACAUUUUUCAUCAAGACCAUCAGAAUGUAUACAGACAGUGGAUAUAAGUGACAUUGUAGCAUACCAAUACGUGCAACAGUAUUUCUCCGAAGAUACAGCGAAAACGGCCAGAGAUAUGAUCGAUGACAUACAAAAGGAGGUCGAAUAUCAGAUCAAGGAAUCGACGUGGAUGAACGACGACACUAAACAUUUCAUUUUAGACAAAUUGAUGAACAUGAAGAAUCUAGUUGGCUAUCCAAGUUGGUAUAAAAAUACCACGAUGGUGAAAGAAUACUUCCAAGGGCUCACAAUCGGUCCGUCCUACUAUGAGAAUCUGUUGAAUUACAUUCGACAUUUGAAAUGGAAAAACUUACGACGAAUUGUGGAAACGACAGGUAGAGAUAAAUCCAGCGAAUAUUUGGACCCUCUGAUGUUGAAUGCAUUCUUCAUGCCUACAGAAAAUUCUAUUUCUGUGACAGCGGCUGAUUUUCAAAGUCCACUUUUCGCUCUGAAUCGACCAUGGGCUGUUAAUUUCGGAAUCAUUGGUCUAGUCAUGGGUCACGAAGUAAAUCAUGGUUUCGAUAAUGAAGGUCAUCUUUAUGACCAUGGAGGAAAUUUGAUGGAAUGGUUGUCUGCAAUGGCAGAUGCUUACAAUAAGAGAGCAGAGUGUUUUGUUAAUCAAUUUAACAAGUACAGUAUUGUUAAAGGAGAAAAUUAUACUAUCGAGAACUAUGGAAAUCAAACAGCAGGUGAAAAUAUUGCUGACACAAUGGGUUUGCAAGCUGUAUUCAGAGCUUAUAAACGUCGCGAACGAGAAUGUGGAAACCCAGAUCCAGCUUUACCGGAAUUAGAAAAAUUCAGCAACGAUCAAAUUUUCUUCUUAUCGUUUGCUAACUUAUGGUGUGAGUCAAUAGACCGAGAAUCUUUAAUACAAAGCACCAAAUACGAUGUGCACAGUCCAGGACGUUUACGAGUGAUUGGUUCGGUGUCGAAUUCAGAAGACUUUGCUAAAGCUUUCAACUGUCCGGUUGGUAGCACCAUGAAUCCUGAACGAAAAUGCAACAUAUGGGUGUAAUUUAAAUAACAUCAAGAUUUUAUGUUUUUCUAAAUUUCUGUUUACUGUUUGAGCGCUGUACUGGGUAAUGAAAUACAAUAUACAAUUUGCAAAUUA